UGAGGGAGCACUGGGGACAGUGCCCACAAGGAGAGGCACCCACUGGUCGAGAGGAUCCUUCAGCUGCCUCCCUGCUCCAGGCUGGGGGCACCACAGACCCUGGGGACAUGGGUCCUGCUCUCCUGCUGCUGCUCACCACAGCUGGCAGCUGGCAAGGCUUGGCAUCCCCAGUGAUCAGCCCUGACCUCCCUGCUCUGGUUGUCAAUGUGGGUGAUCCAGUGACCUUGCACUGCUCAGGAGAGUCUCAAGUGGAAUGGAAAACACGAAAGGAGACAUUCAGCAACCACACGAGCAGCACUCUCAGUAUCCCCAAGGUCACUUACAGGGAUACAGGCACCUAUAAGUGUGUUUAUGUCAACAGCAGUGACAAUGGCAUUGCAACCAUGCAUCUGUUUGUGCGAGAUCCCAGUAACGUGUGGUACACCCCAACUUUCCGGAUCUCUGUGACCAAAGGUGGUGAUGCUGAGUUCCCCUGCCUCAUCACAGCCCCUGAGUAUGGAUCCAAUGUGACUCUCAUAACAGAUGAUGCCUCUCCUCUCACACCUGGAACCAACUAUUCUUUCAGUGCUGAGAAAGGAAUAACACUACACAAUGUGCACAGCAAGCAGAAGGGCUCUUACCGAUGCCAAGCAGUGGUAAAUGGAAAAAUAGAGCAGUCAUCAAGAAUAAGACUGAUUGUGGAAGAAGCCCCGGAGAAGCCUGUGUCAGUGAUGAUGGACCCUAUGGACCAUGUGAGAAUCGUGGGUGAACCUUUCACAGUCACUUGCAGAGUAAUUGCUCCUUCCCACAAGUAUGACAUCAGAUGGGUGACAGCAGCAAAGAGUGUCAGGACAACCAAAAAGCCCAGCUUUGAAAAUGAGAACUACUACAUCAGCGACACCCUGUCUGUCCCAGCAGUGACCAUGGAAGACAGUGGGAAAUACACUUGUAUAGCUAACAACUCAGCAGGAUUCAGGAGUGCCUCAACAAUGCUGCAGGUAGUAGAGAAUGGUUAUGUGUACCUGACUCCACUGCAAGCCACCAGCCAGGAAGUCACUUUGGGAGAAAGUCUGGAGCUUCAGGUCUAUAUUGAGGCUUACCCAAAACUUCUUCUCUGGGGCUGGGAGCACACAAACCCCUUGAAGAACUCUAGGAAUACCACAUUCAAGGAUCAAAUGAUCUCUGGAAACAACUGGUACAACAACACGCUCUUCCUGAACCGUCUGCAGGAAGGAGAGGGAGGUCUCUAUACCUUUCAUGCCCUCAACAGUGAGAUGAAUGCAUCAGUUACCUUCAGUAUCUCUGUGAAAUCUCCUCCAAGGGUCUGCAAAAUCAAGGUGCCAGCCAAUGACUCCAGCAUCCUCCAGUGCAUGGCCAUUGGCUACCCUGCCCCACGUCUUGAGUGGUACCAGUGCCCCAUCUACUCUGACAGAUACAAUGAGGACUACAGGUUGCUACUGAAUGACUCCAGUCCCCAGGUGGUGAACAUGUUGCCCUUCCAUGAGGUGGAAGUGGAGAGUGCCAUCCCCUUCCAGGAGCUGGGUGACAAUUUCACCUUCUGCUGUGUGGCCAUUAACAGAGAGGGGAAUGCUUCUGACAUGUUUCAUUCACUCACCAUCACCAGAAACAUCAUGGCCCCACCAAACAAGCUCUUCAGCCCCAUUCUCUACACCUGCAUAGGCACAUCGGGCCUGCUGCUCCUUCUACUCCUCUUCCUCCUCUACAAGUACAACCAGAAACCCAAAUACCAGAUACGGUGGAAGAUCAUUGAGGCCUGUGAAGGGAAUAACUACAUCUUUAUUGAUCCAACUCAGCUGCCAUACAAUGAAAAGUGGGAGUUUCCCAGGAAUAACCUACAGUUUGGAAAAACUCUUGGAGCAGGAGCUUUUGGAAAAGUGGUAGAAGCCACUGCUUUUGGCCUUGGCAAAGAAGAUUCGGUCCUCAAAGUGGCUGUGAAAAUGCUGAAGUCAUCAGCAGACACAGAUGAGCAGGAGGCUCUCAUGUCUGAGCUGAAGAUCAUGAGUCACUUGGGACACCACGAGAACAUUGUUAAUUUGCUGGGAGCAUGUACCAAUGGAGGCCCAAUCCUUGUCAUCACAGAGUACUGUCGCUAUGGAGAUCUGCUGAAUUUCCUGAGGAAGAAGGCUGAAUCCAUAAUUAUCCAGGAUUCUUCUCUGGACACCUCUUUAGACAGCACUGCUGACUACAAAAAUGUUGAUGUAGAGAAGAAAUACAUCCGGAGUGACAGUGGCUUCUCAAGCCAGGGUUUGGAAACCUAUGUUGAAAUGAGGCCUGUGUCAUCAUCAUCUUCAGCAUCAUCAGAUUCUGUGCUAGCCAGAGGGAAAAGCUCAGAGGAAGAUGAUGAAACCAGGGAGGAUCUCCGUCCCCUCAAUCUCUCUGACCUGCUACAGUUUUCCAGCCAGGUGGCCCAGGGCAUGGCAUUCCUUGCAUCAAAGAAUUGCAUCCACCGUGACCUGGCAGCCAGGAACGUGCUUGUCUCAGAUGGACGAGUAGCCAAGAUUUGUGACUUUGGCCUGGCCCGUGACAUCAUGAAUGACUCCAACUAUGUUGUAAAAGGCAAUGCCCGUCUGCCCGUGAAAUGGAUGGCUCCAGAGAGCAUCUUUGACUGCAUUUAUACAGUGCAGAGUGAUGUAUGGUCUUAUGGCAUCCUUCUCUGGGAGAUCUUCUCCCUUGGUAAAAGUCCAUAUCCUGGCAUGGUGGUGAACAGCAAAUUCUACAGCAUGGUGAAGCAGGGAUACCAGAUGGCCAGGCCUGACUUUGCUCCCUUGGAAAUGUACAGCAUCAUGCAGGCAUGCUGGAGCCUGGAGCCCACACAGAGACCCACCUUUGACCAAAUCUGCUGCUUUAUUCAGAAAGAACUGGAGGAGCACAAGGAGCAGGACUACAUCAACCUCCCCUCCACUGCUGAGGAAGACAGUGGCUGUGAUACCUCUGGCUGCUGUGAGGAGUCCUGCGAGCAAGAGGAGAGUGGUCAGCCCCUUCUCAAGAGCAACAACUAUCAGUUCUGUUAGCUGGGACCACCACCCUGGGGUAGAUUCCUGUCCUCCUGGCUCUGCAGAGCACAUGGUUCUGCUCUGCCCUAGGACAUGGACACCUUCUGCUUUGGCUCUCCUCUGUGCUUUCUGAAGUGUGAGUUUUACCAACUCCCUUGCUGAAAGGUUGGUGCUGGAGUGACUCAACACCACGACAACCUGGGGGUUCCCAAGGUCUUACCUCAACACAGCAUAGAGUUGCUAGGAUGAUAACUUGCUCCAUCUCUGCAAGGUACAGGGAAGUUCUGCACUGUUUGCCUCCCCACCUCCCAGAAGAGACUGAGGUGUUUGGUUUUCAUAGCAUUUCUAAAAAAAUAAAUAAAAAAGCUGCAGCCAAGUUAUAGACACUUCCAAAAGUCACUCAUGUGACUGAACCCUUGUUCUAUGAGCACUUCUUGAACCAAGUGCUGAAGCUGAAACUUCCACACAUGAGCAGCAGCCCUGUCUUGGUGGUCCAGCUCUCUUCCCUUUGUCAGUCUGACCCUGGAUGGUGCAGAGGCUUUAGCUGUAUCUAUCAUCAAAUAAUGCAUUAACCUCUACAUUUCCUCAUGCAGCCUUACCUCUCUGCAGCUGAUGCUUCUGCAGGGAUUGAGUGAACGAGCUGAGGUGACAACCCUAGGGUUCUGUGAACUUGCACCCCAGUAACAGGACAGAGGGACAGUUAUUACUCAGGUAAAAUACAGAAGUAACCAACGCUCUUCCACAUAAGCACUGAACACAAACACAACCCAGGAAAUAAUGGCAGCUUAAACAGGUCUGGAAAUGAUCAAAAUCAUUCAGAAAUAUGGUAGGAUGUUAUGUAGCAAUUACUGCCUUUGUCAUGAUUACAGCUGUGCUUUUGUAUAUAUUUGCCUGAGUUUAUUUGAACUGUACUACUGAGGUGAUUUUUUGUUUUUGUUUUUUCAUAAGCUAGGGCCUCAUCCUAUUAGUACUUAGAAGUAGCUAAAGAGCCUUCUCAACUUCCCCUGUCUUAGUGGGUGAAGGAUGAGUAUUCUACAUAAAAACACUGACAGAGCUCAAGCAACCUCCUGUGUGGCAGGUGGCUUUUGUCAUAUGAGCAAUUAAUGGUGGGGGCCACCCCUGAUUAUAUUAAAUCUGGUUUUAUGCUAACAUGAAGUGAUUCAUUCCUCCUUACUAAAUAAAAAGCUAAUGCAUUUCUAUCUUUCAGCAUUAUAAAAAAUAAAAUAAGAUGUUUAACAAAAUGAGUCUCUUCCAG